AUGGGCGCCAGCGGCUCCAAGUCGCGGGGGCUGUGGCCCUUCGCCUCGCCGGCGGCGGGCGGCGGCGGCCCCGAGGGCCCCGGCGGGCAGCAGGCCCUGGCCCGGGCGCGGGCCGCGCGCGCCGCCACCCCCUUCGUGUUCACGCGGCGCGGCUCCAUGUACUACGAUGAGGACGGGGAUCUUGCUCACGAGUUCUACGAGGAGACAAUCGUCACCAAGAACGGGAGGAAGCGCGCCAAGCUGAAGAGGAUCCACAAGAACCUGAUACCUCAGGGCAUAGUGAAACUAGAGCACCCUCGCAUUCACGUGGAUUUCCCGGUGAUCAUCUGCGAGGUGUGAGUCCCAGACAUCUCUGCCUGCGGGCGGGAGGCCCUGCCCCACCGCCCCCAGCCUUGCCGGGCCAGGCUGCCCCAUGUUCCCACCCGAGGAGGACUCCGGGCGCGCGGCGGGACAGUGGCUCUCCCCUCGCCCGGAGGUGAGGCGGAACGGAGCAGGCCCUCGCAGGAGAUGGGUGACCUUGUGCAACGACUGCUUAAAAACAUCCUCGCUUGAGUCAGAAGACUGAAAUACCUAUUGUAGCCUCUAGCCCAUGUUGGAUGGGUAACUGGAACUGCAGACGAGCUGCUGUGUGUGAGCUGUUAAAGGGAGAGUGAGCCCGCACUUCUCACCAGAGAGAACCCCCUGCUUCUCAGGUAUGCAGCCCAGGGAGGGCCAGGGCACGGUGACCCACUGCCCAAGGCCUCCGGGGCCCGCAGGUUAGAUGGCCAGUGUUGCAGUGUGUCCCUUGACACGGGUGUGAGGUGAUGGGUCCGUUGAUGGAGGAUGAACAGGGCAGGCUGAGGGGUCUUGAAGCACAUUUGGCUGGCUGCUGUGCUCCUCUUGGGAAGGGGAUGGAGAUCAGAUGCCGCUCUCUUGGACCUCAGUCUCUUCCCUCUGUGCGUUUCCCCGCUUACACUGGCUCUGGGAAGGCUGGCUUUGCUGCUGCCUGCUGGAGAUUAACAGAAUUGAAGAAGUUUGACUCCUCGCUCGUGGUUUCUCAGAGAGGGUCUCGGUGGCAUAGUUCCCCUUUGGUAGGAGAAAAGAGCCGCCAAGUCUCCUCUCUGGAUCCCAGGGCGAAAAGUACUUUAUUUGAGUUGAAGGAGGCCAGGGCUCUCUUCUCAUCUGCGCUGUAGGUCUAGUUCUCUGCACAGAUGCACGGCUUCCAUGCGCCGAUGUCUGAUGCCUCUCAUGACAUAACCAGAGCUCUCAAACGAUGCGAAUCUCUUCACUGGUCAGAGGCGAUCUCGCCUCUCUGAGGAAUAGGUUUUCCCCUGUCAUCCUGAGACGUAUGAGUU